AAAUAAAACAGCGCAAACAAGAAGACCUUGCAAGGCCCUAGACCGAUCGUUCGAAUCUCCAUCUGCACGCGAUCGACUGAUCGAUCGAAUCUCCAUCCGCGGGCGAUCGACUGAUCGAUCUAUCUCUCGCCAAGGAUGAAGAUCAUCGAUCGAGUCAAGGAGGCAUGGAGCGAGGACAAGAUCGUCUACUCCUUCGAAUUUAUGCCUCCCAGGACUCCCAAGGGGAUGAAGCUACUCCUCGACAGCCUCGACCGCAUUGUCAUGUUCCAGCCCAGCUUUUGUGACAUUACUUGGCGUGCCAGCAGCUCCGAGAUGACGCUCGAGAUCGCCAGGAAGAUGAAAACCAUGUUUGGUUUGGAGACGAUGAUGCACUUGACAUGCGUGGGAUCGACACCGGAGAGGAUUGACAGUGCUCUCGACUUUGUUCGAUCGCAUGGAGUGGAAAACAUCCUUGCUCUUCGCGGUGAUCCUCCCGAGGGAGAGGAGGCCUUGGAUGUUGCUGGCAGCGGCGAUCUCUCUUGCGCUCUUGAUCUGGUUUCACAUAUUCGGGAAACUUACGGAUCUUCUUUCGGCAUUGUUGUUGCUGGCUAUCCUGAGGCUCAUCCAGAUGUGAUUCAAGCGGACGGAUCUGCCACCGAAGAAGAUUACCAAAAAGAUCUCGCGUAUCUCAAAAAGAAGGUUGACGCGGGAGCCGAUUUGAUCAUCAGCCAGCUCUUUUAUGACACGGAUAUCUUCCUGAAGUUCGUCAACGAUUGCCGACAAAUCGGCAUAACUUGCCCAAUUGUUCCUGGAAUUCUGCCAAUCAACGAUUAUAGAAAGUUCUUGCGAAUGACGACACUCUGCAAGACGAAGGUCCCUGCAGAUGUUAGAGAUGCUUUGCAGAGCAUCAAGGAUGAUCCGGUAGCAGUGCGAAAGUAUGGAAUUCACCUUGGAACCGAGAUGUGCAAGAAGAUCCUUGCUCACGGAAUCAAAGCAUUGCAUCUUUACACGCUAAACUCCGAGAAGACGGCGAUUGAGAUCUUGAAGAACCUUGGCCUGGUCGACGUGAGCAAAGUGGCCCGUCCUUUGCCUCCAAGCGCACAAUGCAAACAGGAAGAAGGGACUGCCACUGAAAAUUCAGGCGUUUUGGUCGUGGAGUUAAGCUCCGCAUAGCCAUUUUACCACUGAUUCAUUCAUUGAAGUGCGCCAAAAAGAUUUUGCUUUCGGGCGAUUCUAACAAGAAGCAUUUUACUCAAUAACAAUCUCUUGUCAAAAAAA